UCCUAAACAGCAAGUUCAUUAAUUCACUUUGAAACAAUUAAUCAAAAUAACUAAUGAUCUUAAGUGAAAAGUGUCAGUGAAAUGGAUAAUUUCGAACAACACAACGAAGUAUCCACCUCUUAUAAUAAUAACAACUUGAAACACGAUUAUAAUGAAUGCAAAAACGGAUAUUAUGACUAUACUAAUGAGUUCUACGAUAAACAUAAAAGUGAUGUGUCAAAUGCUUGUUAUGAUCAAAAGACGAACUAUAGAAUAAAAUUAGAAGAAAGUUCAGCGUUAAAUCAGCAGAAUUUGAACACCCCAUUCUCUGUUAAAGACAUUUUGAAUAUUAACCAACCACCAAAUUAUACUUACGAACGAAACGAGUCAUGGAAAAGCGACAGAGAGAGGAAAAACUAUGAAUACGACCCUGUAUAUCAUCAAAACCAAACAUAUUGUCCGCCGGAUUAUUUUAAUCAAAUGUACCCAAAUGUGCCUGUUCAUACAAAUAUGGAACAUUAUUGGAACCAAGAGAUGUACCAUGAUCCUAAAAUAGAUGAUUAUUAUGGCUACAAUCCAUAUUGUCAUAACUUGUACCAUCAGAAUUAUGAAGUGCCAGAAUUAGUAGUUCCUACCCAUCAUUCACUUCCAGAACCGGCACCCAAAUUAGAAAUGGAGAGAGAAGCAGUCUCUAUGCCGGUCACACCAAUUUUAGCUGCGAAAAGAAGUUAUGAUGAUCGAAGUAUACAGGAAAUGGAGAGCGUGACAUAUUCCAGUUCGGAAUCUUUCAACAAGUCACCUUCGUCGCCUCGAAAGCAUAUUAAGGCCGCUGUGAACAGCAAGAUGGAAAGAAAAGAUAAAAAUGCAAAACGAAAACCUCGAAUUCUGUUUUCACAAGGUCAAGUCCACGCCUUGGAAAUAAGGUUCCGAGCUCAACGGUAUUUGACCGCACCGGAAAGAGAACAGCUGGCUAAAGCACUGAAUCUUUCACCCACACAAGUGAAGAUUUGGUUCCAGAAUAGAAGAUACAAGAGCAAAAGAAUUAAAUCUCCUGAAGUUUCGACGUCGACAGAUGCGAAACCAAGCAAAAAUAGUGGCCGAAAACUUUAUAAGCAUGUAGAUGAUGAAGUAAAUCCAUCUGUAGCUAAUUACGAUACUUAUGACCCCGAAAUUAAUUUAGAGAAGAACUUUAAUAGCAAUGUUGAAAUGUCUUCUACCAUAUAUUUUGACGACAGUUUGAAUUAUGAUGAAAAUAUUGAGGAGAGGUAUUGCACUAAAUUAAUUAUUGAUGAAAAUGUAAACACAUCCGGUACACAAUACGUACAAAAUAAAAAUGUUUACGCCUCUAACAUCGAUGGUACUGUAAAAGAUAUCUAUAGCGAAGAAAAUAAGAAAUAUUUUCCUGUAAAUUACGUUUGUUGAUAAUAUUUAGUUUAACUUUUUUCACUGUCAGACUGAUUACCAAAGAGUAUUAUAGUGUUAUUUUGUUACUAUUUACUAGAUAUAUAGAUAAUAUUUGUAAUUCAAGCAUGCUUGUGCAAUGCUAACUCUCUCAGAUACUUAUA